AUGUCAGCUAAUGAUAUAUUGGAUGUGUUGAACAUUCAAAGGGAUGAGCAUCAUCAACAACAACCACCUAAAAAGAAACAAAAGACUAGCAAUGAAUCUACUCCAAAACCACCUACUGGUAUGGCAAGGGAAUUAUAUAAUUUAAUUGGUCCUAAUACUCCUGCUAUUAACCUUUCUUCAACUACUACUGGAAUUAAAGAUAAUCGUAAAUUUAGACCUUCUCCUUGGACUAGAGUAUCAUUUAACCCCAAUAAACAACUGGACAAGAGCGUCACUUUACACCAUUGGGUAAAAGGUUCUAAAGAAUUAUUGGAACAAGAAGAAUUGGAAAAUAAGCCUUAUUUCUUUGGGAAAUAUAAUGUAAAUUUAGAUAUACCUGAUUUGGUAGAUGAAGAAACUUAUGACAAAUUUAUGAAUGAAAUUAAAGAACAUGAAAAACGUAUUCAAAAAGAAAGAGAAGCUAAAGAAUUGGAAAGACUCGAAAUUGAAAGAAAAGAAAAGGAGCAAAAAGACAAAGAAUUAAGACGAAUUGAAGAUGAAAAGGCAAAGCAAACUAAAUCAGACAGUACUAAGAAACAGGACGAUGCUAAGGAUAAGCAAUCAAAUCAAGAUGGUUCUUCCAACACAGAGGAAAUAGACAAGAAGAAAUCAGAUAACGAAGCUCCUAACGAAGAUAAGAAACAAAAGGAUGACGAAACUAAGGAAAGGGCUACUAAACAACCUCAACCAGAUGAUGACACUCAAGAUCCGAAAACAAAAGAUCAAACCUUAAACAAAGAUUCGUCAGUGGAAAAUAACCAAGAAAGCAAGAAUGAUUCCACAGACUGGACAUACGAAGAAACAAAGUACUUAUUUGAGUUAUGUAAAUCAUUUGAAUUAAAAUGGCCAAUAAUUUAUGACAGAUAUUAUUACCCAAGUGAUCGUACUUGUGAAGAUUUAAAAGAACAAUUUUAUAGAAUAUGUAUCAAAAUCCUAGAAUCUCGAGAAACAAAAAGUACUGGAAUUAUCGAGUCAUUAAAAGCAUAUUCCAAAUCUCGUGAACUUGAAAGAAAACAAUAUCUUGAAAAUCUUUUAAAGAGAACCCCAGCAGAAAUCGCCGAAGAAGAAUCACUCGUUAUAGAAGCAAGAAGAUUUGAAUUGGCUGCUAAAAAGAUGUUAAUGGAAAGAUCAAAUUUACUCACUCUUUUGGAUUCUCCUCAAACUACUCAGAAUGUACUGCAAUAUCAAUCUUCACAAGGUUUGGCUAAUCUAUAUAACAAUUUAAUGAUUUUUGAUAAGUAUCAAAAGAAGAAACAAAUGCAACAAAAAUCAGGCUCAUUGGCUAAUCAAGAACCGGUUCCUCCUCCAAUUCCUAUGGCUGCUUCUUCUUCAUUCAAAAAAGAUAGAGGUUUCCAAACUCACUUGCAACAAUAUUUGUCAAGUUUAUUAAAACAACAUCAACAUUCCAACCAAGCUGUAAAACAGGAAGCAGAUGCAAUCCAGCAAUUAUUAAUGAAGAGAUUAACCCAAAAAGAAGAAGAAGCAUAUGGGUUAUAUUACCAUGGUGCAGAAAAACUUACUCCUGGAGUAGGAUUAAGAUCAGCACAACGAUUACCUGCAUUACAACAAAAGCAAUCAGUAUUAAAAUCUGUGAAUACUUUGUUACAAGAAUUGGAUAUUCCAACUGGUGGUGGAACUACUUGGAAACCAGUUAUGCCUACUAGAAAAACAAUGUCGAAGUAUGAUGAAUUGAUUAGAGCAGUGGUUACUUUGUUGGAAGUAAAGAGAGCUAGAGAUAAACUUGAAUCUGAAAUUAGAUUAAUCAAGAGUCAACGAGGGCUCCAGUAA